AUGGCGAACCUCCGCCUCGCAACAUCAUGGCUUCUACUAACUGUCCUUACCGUUGUCACCGCGCAAGAAACAUACACAAAUGCCGCGUGCAUAUCCGCCACACCAGCCAUGAACGCAUGUGCUCAGCGAUGGGACUCGAUACGCACUGAAUGCACAAAAUCAAACACCCUCAACACCGUCUGGCCCGGCCCUUGUGAAUGCGCAUAUUUCGCAAACGAUCUCCCCUGCUUCGACGACCAAGCCCUCUGCGCCGAGCAAGUCUGGACACAAGUUCCGCAAUGGUUCCGGGACGGCGUGAGCAGCUGCUUGAUGAAAGACAGUUCAUUCACCGUCCGCGCCGCCCUGGGAAACGCGAGUGGGGCUAUGGGAAAUCCAUUCUCGGUACCAGAUCUGCCUGGGAAAUUGACGCGAGCGGUGGAUGCGGGGAUCGCUACUGCAACAAGUACACCUGCGCGGACGGGUGCGAGUGCGAUUCUUCCUAGCGCUACGAGCGCCAGGUUACAAGAGGCGGAGGGACUCAGUACGGGUGCAAAAGCAGGCUUUGGCGCAGGCAUCGGCGUGGUUGUUGUGAUCAUCGCGUUCGCAGCUGUCUUGAUUGCACGGUCGCACCGGCGGAAAUCUACCAACACAAACACACACUUUGGGGCACAGGAUUCAGAGAAGUCGGUUGUUUCGCCCCCGGUAAAGAGAGCGGAGUUGCAUGACCAGGAAAAGAGAGUAGAGUUACAUGAGCAUGCGCAUGUACAGCCGGCGCCGGUCAACGAGAUGCCAGGGACGGAGGAGAGACACGAAAUGUGGGUGAGGGCGUCGACGUGGUUGGUUGAAUUGCCGGCCGAGAAGUCUGUUCGGAAUUCUGUUCGGAAUAGUCGAUUGGGAGGCUGA